GCCGGUUGGGCCGUGCCGCUGUCUCCGGCCCUGCAGUGUCUCCUUCUCGUGCAGUCCUCCCGUAGCUGCUGACUGCCUGCCCGGCGGGCGGCCACCCCCCCCCUCUGCCCCCCGCCGCGACUCCGGGCCGGGGCGAGGCCCCAGCGCUGCGGGGCCGCCAUGCCGGCGGCAACCGCCGCCCCUCUGAUCAGCUCAGUGCAGAAGCUGGUGCUGUACGAGACCAGGGCUCGGUAUUUUCUCGUUGGAAGUAAUCAUGCAGAAACCAAGUACCGUGUUUUGAAAAUAGAUCGCACUGAACCAAAGGAUUUAGUUAUAAUUGAUGAUAAGCAUGUGUAUACACAGCAAGAGGUGAGGGAACUUCUUGGCCGCUUAGACUUGGGGAACAGAACAAAGAUUGGGCAGAAGGGUUCAUCUGGGUUAUCCCGAGCUGUAUCUGCUUUUGGUAUAGUAGGUUUUGUCAGGUUUUUAGAAGGCUACUAUAUUGUGUUGAUAACAAAAAGAAGAAAAAUGGCAGAUAUUGGAGGUCAUGCAAUAUACAAAAUAGAAGAUACGAACAUGAUAUACAUUCCAAAUGACUCUGUAAGAGUCACUCAUCCUGAUGAAGCUAGGUACCUGAGGAUUUUUCAAAAUGUGGACCUUUCUAGCAACUUCUAUUUUAGUUACAGCUAUGAUCUAUCUCACUCUCUUCAGUAUAAUCUUACUGUCUUGAGAAUGCCACUUGAGAUAUUAAAAACUGAAACAACUCAGACCCGACAAGAAAGUUUUGAUAUAUUUGAAGAUGAAGGACUUUCAACACAGGGUGGAAGCGGUGUUUUUGGAAUUUGCAGUAAACCUUAUGAAAAGUAUGUGUGGAACGGGAAGCUUCUGGAGGCAGUAAAAAAUUCUGUUCAUCGUGAUUGGCUGCUGUAUAUCAUUCAUGGAUUCUGUGGACAAUCAAAACUGUUAAUUUACGGUCGUCCUAUAUACGUCACUCUGAUAGCCAGAAGAUCAAGCAAAUUUGCUGGAACACGUUUUCUGAAACGAGGAGCCAACUGUGAGGGAGAUGUUGCUAAUGAAGUGGAAACUGAACAAAUACUCUAUGAUGCUUCAGUCAUGUCAUUUUCGGCGGGGAGUUAUUCUUCCUAUGUUCAGGUUCGAGGUUCUGUCCCUCUGUACUGGUCUCAAGAUAUUUCAACUAUGAUGCCAAAGCCACCCAUAACACUGGACCAAGCAGAUCCUUUUGCACAUGUUGCUGCUCUUCACUUUGACCAAAUGCUUCAGAGAUUUGGCUCUCCCAUAAUUAUUUUGAAUCUUGUAAAGGAACGUGAAAAAAGAAAGCAUGAAAGGAUUCUUAGCGAAGAACUUGUUGCUGCUGUGACAUAUCUGAACCAAUUUUUGCCCCCAGAGCAUGCAAUUAUAUAUAUUCCUUGGGAUAUGGCCAAGUACACAAAAAGCAAACUUUGCAAUGUCCUUGAUAGAUUGAAUGUGAUUGCAGAAAGUGUAGUGAAGAAAACUGGAUUUUUUGUGAAUCGACCUGAUUCCUACUGCAAUGUCUUGCGGCCAGAUGAAAAGUGGAAUGAACUGGGAGGCUGUGUUAUUUCCACUGGCCGCUUGCAGACUGGAGUUCUCCGAACCAAUUGUGUGGACUGUUUAGAUCGUACUAACACAGCCCAGUUCAUGGUAGGAAAAUGUGCUUUGGCAUACCAACUCUAUUCGCUGGGACUGAUAGAUAAGCCCAAUUUACAGUUUGAUACAGAUGCUGUUCGAUUAUUUGAAGAAUUAUAUGAAGAUCAUGGAGAUACGCUUUCCCUGCAGUAUGGAGGUUCUCAGCUUGUCCACAGGGUAAAAACCUAUAGGAAGAUAGCUCCAUGGACUCAGCAUUCCAAAGACAUUAUGCAAACGCUCUCAAGAUAUUACAGUAAUGCUUUUUCAGAUGCAGACAGGCAAGAAUCUAUCAAUCUGUUCCUCGGAGUAUUCAAGCCUAUGGAAGGAAAGCCUCAUCUCUGGGAACUUCCUACUGAUUUCUAUUUGCAUCACAAGAACACCCUCAGUCUGUCACAGACCAGGCGAAGCUAUACUUACUGGUGGACGACAGGUGUGCUAAAGCAUUUACCUCUUCCUUUUGAUGAAGUGACAUGUGCUGAAAACAGACGCAAAUUAACAGUGAAGAAAUUCCACAAGUAUGAAGAGGAAAUUGAUAUCCAUAAUGAGUUUUUUCGGCCAUAUGAGUUGAGCAGCUUUGAUGAGACCUUCUGCUUAGCAAUGACCAAUUCUACACGGGAUUUUAUGCCUAAGAAUAUGGGGAUUGAUCCAAGUCCAUUUACCGUUCGUAAACCUGAUGAAACUGGAAAAUCAGUGCUGGGGAACAAAAGUAAUCGAGAAGAAACUGUACUGCAGCGCAAAACUGCUGCUAGUGCUCCUCCACCCCCAAGUGAGGAGGCAGUGUCAAGUAGUUCUGAAGAUGAUUCUGGGACAGACAAAGAAGAUGAAGGUGCUGUUUCUCAACGUUCGACCCCAGUAAAGGUGACUGAUGCAGGAGAUAACACCAAAAUCACUGAGAAUGUAGUUCAGUCCACUAAAGACGUAUAUGGAGUUAAUCUUUCAGAUGUUCCUUCUGAAGAUGAUAUCACAAUAUAUGCUAGGUUUGUUCAGCUGGGACAGAGUCAACACAAGCAAGAUAAGAGCAGCCAGCAAUUUUGUUGCAAACAUCAGUUGGAUAGGGUUAUAAAUUUAAUACCAAUAUCCUCCUUUUCUCAAGAUAAUAUUUAUGAAGUCCAGCCUCCGAGAGUUGAUAGGAAAUCAAUAGAAAUUUUUCAUGCACACAUUCAGGCUGGAAAAGGAAACAUGCAGCCCUUGGGAAAAGAUGACUUCCUCAUGUACAGAGAGUACAUUCGAAACAGAUACCUCUAAAUAUGAGCUGGAUUCUCACAUCGAGUCUACAGUAAUGAUUGCUUGUGAAAAUAAUUUUAGAAAGGAGUUCUAGGUUUGUUAUUUUGCAAUAAUAAAGUUAUUUUCUUAAGUCUUUUAUCUUACAAUUCUAUUUACUGGUUUGCUGUUACACAUUUAUAGUAUUGUGCUUUAUAUGAAAAACAGUGAUUUAAUACUUGUUUUUCAGCUGAAAAAGAAACAUCUAUCUUAAGAGAUUAAGUGAAUAAUCAGAGUACUUGCAGUUGCUGGAAAGUAUUUAGUGAUUUAUGGCAAAAAAAUGGCAUCUUUAGGGUUUUAUCUUAAUUUCUUACAUUCUUAUGUUUGCUCAUGAAGUUGAAAUGAUUUGUACAUGAGAAGAGAAUGUUUUCUUCCUUUCUUCCAUUACAGGAAACAACCCAACCAAGCGUUUUCUGAUGUUUCUUGAGAUUUUUAGCAUAAUGAGUGCUUGUACUUCUCUGCUUUCUUAAACAAAAGAAAAAAUUAUGUCAAAAUCAGAAUUUGCCUGUAGACUAACAAGUCUGCUUGUGUGAAAACUAACCUUUCCAAUGCUCGUGGCUACGGAAUCCAUGCUAUAGAGAGGGUGAAAACGGCUUGUGAAGAAUUAUCGUGAGCUUCCAGUAGGACUCUGAAGUGAACCUCUCAGUGGCUACAUCAUAAAUGAGGGAGUGCUAUUUGGACUUUGGUGGAGAUCCAAGACCACCCUGUCUCUUUACUGUAUGAUAGGUGUCACCCCCUUUGCACCAGAUUUUUUCCCCAUAUUUCUGUUUCUGUAAGGUGCUUUCUGUAAGGUGCUGUAGGUUCAAACCUACAACCUCCCCAGGAAACGGGUAAUUGGUGUAUAGAGCCUGGAUCAGCUGGGACGAUCAUACGCAGGAGGUGGGUUUAGGCAGCAUCAUGUCCAGCACUAGGUAAGAAUGAAGAGAAGCAGGUAUCUGAAGUAGGCUAUUUGGUUUGGCCUUGUGAUCAAAAUGUUUCUCAAAUAGGAAAAAUAAAAUUUAAAAACCCUAUGAUUUGUAAUUACAAGCUAAAAUUCCCAACGCUGCUAUCUACUCUUUUGCCUUGAAGAACACUGACAGCAACAGCAGCAUCCUUGACAGAUGAUGUUAUUCCACGUGCUCUUACAAUCUGUAUUUCAGGAUUUUCUGGAAUAACUCCGAAUAACUUAUCUUGGGAAUGUCAGCCAACUGCAUGUACUAGAUGUAGAGAACAUGUUUGUGUUCAUAGUUAAUUGCUUGCAGACCGCUGCCCCAGAUUUUUUGGCUGCAUGCUGCAAGCGUAUUUCGCAUAUGUUUGCAUAUCUCCUGCAGUAAGUAGCACUUCUGUCAGUAAUUCAACAAGAGAAGAGAUUCACCGGAUAAAGGGUAGAGAUGUCAGUUGCUUGUGCAGCCUGUGUAUUUCACUGUAUGGACAGUGGGAGAACGUGGUACCUUAGGCUACCAAAAGAUGACUGUGUCCAUUUCCAUUCACUGUUGUUAAUUGAUUAGUACUGCCAACACAAGUCCAGUCAUACCAAAGAUUCCAGAGAUGCUGCCUGUAAGUCUGCCUACUUUAUUCUGUUCCCAUGAUAAGAUUCAGUUCUCAGCCACAUUAACAGUUCUCAAGAGACACGUUUCUCUUUCAGAAACUGAGGAAAGUAUGGGUAAAAUUAGUAUAAACACAAAAGGAAUGGGCUGUAUUGGCUGUGAAGAGUAACAUGGUCUCUUUUGACUUUAUUUAGUAAUGAUCUAAUUUAAUAUUAUGCUGUAUGGACAGAUACUACAUUUCUCAGAUACAUAUUUUUUUUCACACAAAAUUUUGUUUGCUUCAGUGUUUCUGAAGGGUACAUUGAAAUAAAAUACCAAAAUGUACGCAGA